AUGUCCUUCGACAGGCUCUCUUCACUUGAGUCGCAACCGACCACCACCCGACGCCAGGACGAUGCGCAGUACAGAGAUGACCCCGAGUUCCAGAGCUUCACGGAGUCGUUAUCUACCAAACUUUUUGAACUGAUCUCGAACAUCUCUCGCCUGUCCAACCAACUCGCCAAACGAGAUACCGAUCGAGUUAGAGAAAGGGUACAUGAUCUUCUCGAAGAGACCCGCGAAGGCUUUAAGGAGGCGGGAGAAGGGAUCAAGAGAGCACAAGCCUGGCCGGAUCUCAAUCCUGCGCAAAGAUACACAAAUCAGAAACUAUCACGCGAAUUCGCAUCUGCCCUAUCCGAGUUUCAAGUUGUGCAAAGAAGAGCAAUAGAGAAAGAAAGAGCAUCGAAAGCUGCUCUCGAAGAAGCUGCCUCGGCUCAAUCACCUGGAGCGGAAGGACAGCAACAGCUGCAGACUUUGGAAGAGCCCCGAUUGGCCCAACAGGAUGAAGUCGACUAUCAAGAGAACUUGAUUAUUGAACGAGAAGGAGAGAUUCGCCAGAUUGAGCAAUCCGUGGGGGAAUUAAACGAACUUUUCCGUGAUGUCGCCACCCUUGUACGAGAUCAAGGCGAUCUGAUCGACGCCAUUGAUGUCAACGUCGAAACUACGCUGACCGAUACACGAGGAGCCGAUGUGGAACUAAGAAGUGCCAGUCGCUACCAGAAAGCUGCUCGCAACAAGGCUUGCUGUUUAUUGUUGAUUCUAGCCAUUGUCCUACUGAUAGUGGUGUUGGCCGUUGUUCUGGGGUGA